AAAUAUAGAUGAAACUAAAAACUGGGUCAUCAUCUCUUAUCUUGUUUAUGCACCAUACAACCCAAAACGUCUGCACAGCUCCAUUUAAACCUUUAUCCAAUUCCCAUUUAUUCAACUAACAUGGCCUUCUUCUCUCCUGCGAUCACUUUCUUCCUUUGGUCCUAGAAAAAAAAAAUAAAGAAAAAAGGAAUUGGAAACACAAAAAAAGCAAGAGAUGAAAAUGGCAGUUACAACAAACUUCAAGUAUGGGACACCGUUUUCAGCCUUUCUCCAGCAGAAACAGCUCACUCCAAAACAAAACGCCAUGACGUAUUCAAAGAUGACAGGAAAGAUCGACACAAAGACGACGACGACAAUGAAGGCGACGAAGAGGAUUGGGCUGGUAAGGUGUAACGCAAGAGAAAUAGGGGACUUUAUUGGAGCAGAUUUGCUGAGGUUUGAUUUAGGCAAGUGGCUUUCGGAUGUUGAAGAACACAAGGCUCUUGCUAUAUAUUCACCCCAUGAAGGAGGGUACGAGGGACGAUACCUCAACCGUUUGAUAUACCAGGGCUACUAUUUCCUCGACCUUUCGGCUCGAGGCUUAGGCGAUCUUGAAACCACCCUCACCAAGAUUCACCCUGUUUGCCCUGCUCAUUUAGGGAAGCAACCUAUAGCAAGGUGGUACUUCCCGCCGGAGGUUGAUUAUAGGCUUGAAGCAUUGCCUCCGAAUGCUAUAGGACUCGUGAUCUGGAUUAUUGAAGCCAAGGUUUUGUCAAAGGCGGAACUGCAGUUUCUCGCAUUGCUUCCAACGCUCAGACCCAAAGUCAGGGUCAUCGCUGAAUGCGGAAACUGGCGAAAGUUCAUGUGGAGACCGCUCAAAGAAAUUGCUGGACUAACUGAGAGUGAAGGGCAAUGAAAGUACCACACAAGACAUCAGACGAGAGUUUCAACAAUAUACUACCCUGUAUCCCUGCUGAUUCUUCUCUCAACUGGAGGCCUCUGAGCUGGCUGUGCAGAGUGGGGAAGCAAAUCCCUUUUAAUACAAGUUGGCUGGAAAAUUUACGUUUAUUGUAGAUGAUGCAUUUUCUCUCCAAGUUCUCGUCCAAAUUUGAGCCAAAUUGGUUCACCCCACUCAUAAUUUUGACUAUGUAUUAUGAAUCACAUUGUUCUCCCUUACUUUAAAUGUGAACAAAACUUGAAAGAGAGAAUAGGAAGCUUCAUAUAAUAAG